AUGUUCCUUUACAAGUUUAUAAGUUUACAAGUUCAUGCUGUUUUACAUUUUGUUUUAGAUAUUCUAGACGCCAUGAAACGCAGUGUUGUCGGUAUCUGGUCCUGCAAAAGGUGCAAGAGAACCGUAGCUGGAGGUGCUUGGGUCUACUCAACAACCGCCGCUGCUUCUGUCAGAUCAGCAGUCAGAAGAUUGCGUGAAGUUAAGGAACAAUAA